UCUCUUCCUCCUCUUCUCGCCGCCUUCUAUUCGGGGCCAGCCUCCCCUGCCCUCCUCCUCCUCCUCCUUCUUCCUGGGGCUCCGCGGCCACAGACUCCCAGCAGGAGCCCAGCCCUGGCCUCUCGCCUCCCAAACUUUCCCCCCUUUUUCGGGGGCCAGAAGAAGGAGAAGCAGCAGCAGAAGCAGCCCCUGCUCCCUUGGCGCCGGACGGCAAAGAGGAAAGGCAGAGAGAAGAAGACGCAGCCCCUCCGGCCCCCGGUUGGCCAGGCUGCAAGGAGAAGACGUCCCCCUCUUCCCCCCCAGAAGAGUGAUGCUCAUCCGAGAAGUCCUGCUGCUUCUCCAGUGCUGUUGGCCAUCGCUGCUGCUGCACUGGACGCUUCAUCCCAUAUGGGGCUUCAUUCAGAUCACUCAGGGUGAACCUCAGAAAACAUGCUCCAAGCCUGCAGCAAAAGUUACAGACAGUUGUCAACAGAUCUGUCAAUGUAGACCACCUCCAUUACCACCCCCACCACCUCCUCCACCGCCGCCAAGGUUACUUGGAGUCUCAUCUCCCACUGUUCCUAUUUGUCCUCCUCCAGAGACCUGGUGGCCGGGCCCAGUUAUAAUUAUUGCAGCAUGCUGCACCACACCAGUGUUCCUCUGUCUAGUUUUCAUCAUUUGCUACAAAGCCAUAAAAAGGAAACCAUUGAGAAAAGAAGAGAAUGGAACAAGUCGAGGUGAAUAUGCAAUGACCUCCUCCCAAAACAACAAGACAGUUGAUUCUAACAAUGCAGUGGUAUAAUUUCUGAGACCACCUCUUGAGAAGUAAACAUUAAAAGCACAUGCAGCAUAUGCAAGAUGGAUGAAAUGCAGCAGCAAAAGAAGUUGUGGCCAAAGGACUUGAUUUCCGAAAUAGUGUGUGCAUCAGUUAUUCCGAGAAGAAAAGCAGACGACUCCUCUUCAGCUUGCUGAUUGUCAAAGGGAGGUAUAAACUUGCCAAUCAGGGCUGCUCUGAGAAAAGACCUCACAAAGGCAUACUUACUGCAUGCCAUGACAGUUGAAAGCAACAUAAUGAUACCCCCAGAAAUUUUCUUUUCUUUUUUCUUUCUUUUCUUCUUCCCCCCCUCCCUUAUUUUUGAUUGACUGUUCAUUUUGGGGGGGAAUGCUUCAGUGGGGAUCCUUUGAUGGUGAAGUUGAUCUGACAUUGAGUCUGAAACAUUGUAAUUGGAUCUGAAAAUUCAAGCUUUACUAGCAUGGCUUUGCAUUUGUCUUUUUCAUUAACAAGCCAUUGCCAUUCCCACUCUUUAUUAUAAUUACAUUGUUAAGUGGAAAAGUUUCCAUUGACACCAAGACAACUUCCCCUACCCCCAUUGCAUGAUAUUAUGAAAUAGACACCUACAGCCUGGUGACUGCAAUUUCCACAGCUGGUGACUUUUCAAGGAGAAAGUAGUCACAGUAUGACCUGUAGCAAUUAGCAUUGCGAAUCAAAGAGGAAAAUAUACUGACGAUAAUAAUGUUUAAAGGUGCUUUGAAUACUGCUGAUCAUCUUUUUCCUUGUUUGUUAUUAUGUAGCAUUUUUGCCUUAGGUUUAAGAUGUUUUACAUGUGUGUUUCUCAUGUAUUUUUACCACACAGAUCUGUAGGUGGGAUCUUUCUAGAAUGGCUUUAAAAUGUUUGGGUUUGAACCUGGGGAAAGACAAGCUGCAGUGAAAACUGAAGUCCUUGUUACACUCUCUGCAAGCUCAGAUAUCUCUCAAAACUUUCCUGUUCCUUCAUGGGACUUCUUUUGAAAAAAAGAAUUCUCCACUUCAGGGAGAAAGCUGUGAUAGCUUAGUCCUGUCUGUUGACAAGGGACUGCCAACUGUGCCAAAUUCUAUGUGAUAGCUCUAUGUUGUACUGCUUUGUGAUAAGGACUGCAAAUGACUUGAAAAGCUGAACCCAUUUUCUUGUGAUCUCUUAUUAGGCUGAGUCACUUUAGUAUCUUAAAAGAAAAGUCCAUUGGUCAGACACUGUUAUUGCCCACACCUGGAUUAAGAUGUUUAAAACAUUUAUGCCUUUCCCAUCCUAUGUCUUUGUCAUUGGUCCAAGACCCUGCCAUGCUCUGGCUUCUUGUCUUGCUGUCAAGCUUUAGUGAGAUACUAUCUCUGUGUCUUCAAGCAAUCCCAAAGAACUUGUUGCAGUGCUCUUGCAUAGAACUACGGUGUCUUGUCAAUACAGCCCAUUAUUGCUAAGAAGCUGGUGCCUGGACUCAUUUUAUCUUAAGGGUACACCUGGCCUACAAAAUCUGCUUUGAGACUCCAGAGAAUCCAGCAUCUUCACCAAGGCGCAGCUAAAAUAUGUGUGGAUUCACACACCCAUAUGAAGGAAUGGGGCAUUCUUGUAAACCUGCUUCAACAUUGCUCUCAGGUGAGGUCACUGAGCUGUCAAAGUGAAUGGUCAAGCACUUGCUAUACAGUAUAGCUCUUGAAAGAAAUAGGAAGUAACCAUGAAAUCGGGGGUCAUCAUUGUUUAUCUGUAGAAAAAUUCAAGUAAAAGCAGCAGAAAGUGCUGAAUGUGUAUAGCCCAUUCUGCAGGUGAUAUUUCUGCCAUGGAUAUACGUGGGGUAUCUCUCACAGAAUUUGAAAAAGUUAUAUUUUGAAUACUAAUUCCCAGAAUGCUCCUACCAGCAUGAUUAGAAGUCAUCCUAGCUGGAGGAAUUCUGAGAGGAGUAGUGCCCUAAAAGGAACUUCUCCAAGUUCUACAUUCGUUUUAUGAUUUUCUCAGUAUUUUGCUCAGAAGAUAAAAAGUAGCAGUGCAAAAGGGCACACAAGUGCCCCAAACUUAACAGCCUCUGUUACAACACUGAAUUCCUCUGUUGAAAAGGGAUAGUCUUGAGUUCCAUUGUCCAUAAAAUUCUUUAGAUGUUCAUAGUGGGAUUUGUUUCAAUCUUUGGUUAAAUCCAUUUAAUGUAACUAAAGUAGGAUGUGUGUCAAUAUACGUGUUCUCCAACAGGGAAAACCAAAGUUUACCCUUAAUGGAAAAGGAAAUUGUAGCACUUUGGACACUAACUAUGAGAAUGAAGAUGGCAGCAUAGGUUUUCGUAGACCAGGGCGGGUUAUAGACCGCUGCUUUGAGGCGGUCUGCCGCCGCCGCCGUUUGCUCCGUAAGGGAGCCGUCGCAGCCACACUGUGCGGCUCCCUU